GUUCGAUUGGAAUCAGAAGUGUGAGGAGAGUUUCCAGGAGUUGAAGAGGAGACUCACUACUGCGCCCGUUCUAUCCAUUCCCGACCCUACUUUGGAGUUCACCAUCUAUAGUGAUGCUUCAAAGAUGGGUUUGGGAUAUGUCCUUAUGCAGCAGGGGAGGGUCGUAGCCUAUGCUUCGAGGCAGCUGAAGCCUCACGAGCAGAACUACCCCACCCACGAUCUUGAGUUAGCUGCAGUCGUUCACGCCUUGAAGAUUUGGCGACACUACCUCUAUGGAGGCAAGUGUGAGAUAUUUACUGACCACAAGAGCCUAAAGUACAUUUUCACUCAGAAGGAGUUGAAUAUCCGGCAGCGUAGGUGGUUGGAACUGGUCAAGGACUACGAUUGCACGAUUAGCUACCAUCCGGGGAAAGCUAACGUGGUAGCCGAUGCCCUUAGUCGGAGGAGUUAUGGCCAGUUAUCCU